AUGAGCAAUUACAAAGUCGCUGACAUUUCCCUUGCUGCCUUUGGUAGAAAGGACAUUGAGUUGUCCGAGAACGAGAUGCCUGGUCUCAUGUACAUCAGAAAAAAGUAUGGACCAUCUCAACCUCUCAAAGGUGCCAGAAUCGCUGGAUGUUUGCACAUGACUAUUCAGACUGCAGUUUUGAUUGAGACCUUGGUUGCUCUUGGAGCUGAGGUUACCUGGUCCUCGUGUAACAUUUACUCCACUCAAGACCACGCUGCCGCUGCUAUUGCUGCAGCAGGUGUUCCUGUUUUUGCCUGGAAGGGAGAGACCGAGGAAGAGUACCUGUGGUGUAUCGAGCAGCAGCUGUUUGCUUUCAAAGACGGCAAGAAGCUCAACCUGAUCUUGGAUGAUGGUGGAGACUUGACUUCUCUUGUCCACGAGAAAUACCCAGAAAUGUUGGAGGGCUGUUACGGUCUUUCUGAGGAGACGACCACUGGUGUUCACCACUUGUACAAGAUGAUGAAGGAGGGCACUUUGAAGGUUCCAGCUAUCAACGUCAACGAUUCUGUUACCAAAUCCAAGUUCGACAACUUGUACGGCUGCAGAGAGUCUUUGAUUGAUGGUAUCAAGAGAGCCACCGACGUUAUGAUCGCCGGUAAGGUCGCCGUUGUUGCUGGUUUCGGUGACGUUGGUAAGGGUUGUGCCAUGGCUUUGAGAGGUAUGGGCGCUAGAGUGAUCGUUACCGAGGUUGAUCCAAUCAAUGCUUUGCAAGCCGCUGUUUCUGGCUACCAAGUCACCACCAUGGAGGAAGCCGCCCCAAUUGGUCAAAUCUUCGUCACUACCACUGGUUGCAGAGAUAUCAUCACUGGUGAGCACUUCUCUGUUAUGCCAGAGGACGCCAUUGUGUGUAACAUUGGUCACUUCGAUGUUGAGAUUGACGUCGCUUGGUUGAAGGCUAACGCUGUUGAUACUGUCAACAUCAAGCCUCAAGUUGACAGAUACUUGCUCAAGUCUGGUAAGCACGUCAUUUUGCUUGCUGACGGUAGAUUGGUCAACUUGGGUUGUGCCACCGGUCACGCUUCGUUCGUCAUGUCCUGUUCUUUCUCCAACCAAGUUCUAGCCCAGAUCGCUUUGUUCAAGGCUAACGAUGCCGCUUUCAGAAAGCAAUUUGUUGAGUUCGAGAAGACUGGUCCAUUCGACAUUGGUGUCCACACCUUGCCAAAGAUUUUGGACGAGACCGUCGCUGCUUGUCACUUGGACCACUUGGGCGUCAAGCUGACCAAGUUAACCAAGGCUCAAAGUGAGUACUUGGAUAUCCCAGCACAAGGUCCAUUCAAGGCUGAUCACUACAGAUACUAA